AUGGCAUCCCAACUUCUGCCUCUAGAACUGAUCGACAAAUGCGUCGGCUCGAGGAUAUGGAUCAUCAUGAAGGGUGAUAAAGAUUUCGCUGGCACAUUAAUUGGCUUUGAUGACUACGUCAGUAUGUUAUCCCCUUGCAGCCCUCUUUCAAAUGCCUGGGGCGGUCUGGAACGGACUGUUCUGACUCGGCUUCUUCUGUGCGACGAGGGCGACGCGCAUGCUGACGUCAAUCUGCCUCUCUGGAUAGAUAUGGUACUCGAAGAUGUGAUUGAAUUCGACUAUACUGGAGCGCAAACAAAACUGCCCAAGAUUCUGUUAAAUGGAAACAACAUCUGCAUGGUAGGUCAACCCAGUCCCUCGCUCUUGGCGAAGCUGCUUUCCACAGCGCCGAAUGUUCUGGUGCACGAUGUCUUCGUCACCCAAAACAUGGCGAAUACUGAGCAGUCCAGCUAA